AUGAAAGAGAAACUUUUUCCUGUACACUUCACAACAUCAUCUACAACAUGCAAUAAUCCUAAGAUUGUGUUUGCAGCAAUAUUUGUCACAAAUGUUCUUGAAGUAUUCGCUGUUUUCCCUCUUGGACUCAUCAAUGCACAAACUGUGGCGAAUCUAAUUGACAGUGACAUAAGUCUUUAUGAUGAACAUGAUGUAACAGUUUCCACAUUCACUGGCUAUUGA